AUGGCGUCGGACAGGGAUGAGGUCGUCCGUGACCGCGACUGCCUGCGACUCAUCGUCGAUUAUGGAAGCGGUCUUCUGAAAGCCGCGGUUCAACAUAUCAAAGCCGGCGACACGCCAUCUCAGACAAGAAUGUACGAAGUCAUGCUAAAACCGGGCCAGAAAGUCGUAGAGCAAAAGGUCAUCCAACUCGAGAAGGGCAGGAUACUUUGGGGUCGCAGCGAGGUUCAAAAAUACAAGCGCGAGAAUCCCAGAGAAGCUGGUCAUGUCAUAGAGCUGUGGAAGCUGCUGCUAUGUCCACAGUAUCGAGAUGCUCUCACAGCUCGGCGUCUGUGUCGAGCUUUCACAGGACAAGACUCUUUCAACGAGGAAGUCAUGGUUGAGCUGGAAGACUUUAUCGCAGGACAUCUGAGAGAAGUCAAGACCGCAACGCUGAAAUGGCUAUACUAUCAUCACCCAAAGGGACUCCAGUACGAUGCAGACUACUGGCAUGCCGUCCCGAUAGAGUUCAUGAUCACCGUGCCUGCCAUGUGGGGCCAGGAAUCUCAACGUCUGAUGAAGAAUGCAUCCAUGAAAGCUGGAUUUUCGGACAUUUCACUACGAUACGAAGAGCUAUGCGCAGCAGCAGCAGAGUCACAGCCGUUGCUCGAGAGCGGAGAUGUGGAGUACGGUUGGAAGGUCUGCUUCGUCGACAUCGGCCGUGGUACAAUCGACAUUUCGACAGUCCAAAUACUCGAGGAAGGAAUCACCAUGGUAGGUGACUCCACGGGUGCGCUCGCGGGCUCCCAGGUAGUGAAUGAGAAGAUACUGGAAUACGUGAUACAGUGCGAUCAGGUUCAAUCCCUGGGUGGCUGGAAGGAAGCAUGUAGACGUCUGGACAUCGAUCGAGACUCCUUCCUGGAGCAGGUGUCGACGAGCGUCGAGUCUCAAAAAGCCGAAUUUCCCGACAUCGAAAACAUGCUCAUCGAUAUCCGCCCAGGUCCGGACUGGCGUACCGUGACGGACGGGGACGAUAACGCCAUUGGCCAGGAUGGAAUGACAAUUCGCAUUCCAUAUGAGGCACUGGAAACGUGCUACCGGGUCUGGUUUGACAAAAUAUCUGCUGCUAUCCAGCGGCAUCUCGCUCCACGCGAGCAAGACUGUCACACCGCCAUCCUGACUGGUGGAGGAUCAAGUAACAGCUACAUUCGAGAACACUGCGACCGGCUGUUCACGAAGCUCAUCGGCCGAGCAUCACGCGACAACACCUCUGGGAAGCAACCGGUGUGCCAUGGAGGUUUGACUCAUUAUCCCGAAAGCGCAGUGCAUGACUUACCGGAAGGCUACCUGUACAUGUGUCAGAACGAGGAGUAUGAUCCCAAAAUCCACAAAGACUGCACAUCUCGCAAGCGCAGCAGACAUGGAAAGCGCAAGUCAUUGCCCGACGACAGCAAGCUCAUCGUGUGGGCAGAAGGGUCGAUCGAUGAGACUCGCCAGGCGCCAAACCGGCUCAAUCUUGUCAUGUCCAAUGUCGAAGGCCACAUCACAACCGACAUAGCCUUGACCCAUUGGAUCGUCAGUACGAGGGAGGAUGCGGUCAUCGUGCUCGACCUAUACCACAGCGUCAUGAAGCUGCAAGAGAGCGGACCUAUCAAGGACCGUAACGGCAGUGUCCGCAAAGAAUUGACGAAGUGGCCGAUUCUGUUCAGCGAUCUACCAGACCUGGCCACUCACGGGUUCCAAACCUAUACUGAUCAGGGUAAAGAGGCAUACCGCGUUAGUGGCUACGUAGAGAUCGCCGCGACUCGCGCUCAUAUGGAGCUGACGUUGGUGUUACUCAAGCCUGUCGUCGCCUUCAAGUACGACAAGCGAGGCAUUGUCAUCAAACGCAGAGGAACAUACACGGAGGACGAGAUGCUCUGCAGGAGAACGAUCGAGGUCUUUGAUGGCAGACGGUCACACAUGAUCGCCAAAGAUCUCCCCGAGACAGGUCCUGCGGCCGGUGAACAAACAGUAGCGGUGUUGCCACGCGCACGUCGUCAGACUCACCAGCGUACGGGCUCGGCCUCGGUGAGCGGUAACGCAUAUGCGAGUUACUGCGACGAUGAUGAGCCUCUGGCUCCUGGUCAGAUCUACAAGCUUGAGGAACUUGGGCGCGCAGGUGUCCGUGCUAUCGAGAGGGAGGAUGCUGGAGCCUCACUCUCUGACGCGGUCAAGCUUAGACCUCGUCAGCGAAAGGCAGCGCGCACAGGUCGUGAUAGUCUGUCAUCUUAG